GGAGAAGUUGCGACAGCGACAAAGAGACAGAGAGGGAUGUGCAGGUGCCCCUGCAACUGCUUUGGUUCACGCCCGGGGCAGGGUUGCCCUGCCGUCGGACGACCCCCGCUCGUUGCCGUGAGUCCCUUCGGGGACGAUCGUGCACGUCGUCGUGGACCCUCGGGAUCGUGGCGACGUCGAGAGGGCCGAGAGAGACGGGGAGAACAUGAUCUAUCUGAAGCCCUUGCCGCUGGGGUUCUGGGUGUGCAUGCAGAAGUACGCGAGCGCGCCCUUCGUGGGCGACCUGAAGCGCCACGAUGACACCCUCACAGGGGACCUGACGGGCCCGCUGGUGUUCAUCGAGCUCCGCGCGUCGGAGCCGUUCACGUUCCAAGGUCACCCGGACGGGCUUCCUGUUCUCGCACGGCAGGGUCAUCGCCACGGUGGCGUGCCAGGGGCGCACGGUGCGAGAAGGCGUCCAAACAUGUGGACAUUCAGUUCGCGGAGGAGCUUGCCUGCAUCCGGCGGAACGGGAAGCCGAACGCGCAACUCGCGGGGCUGCAGUUGGGGCCGCAGGGGAUUAAUGAGCUGUGCGAGGCUCUCGCCUGCAACAGCUGCGUCAAGGCCCUGGAAUUGGACAUACAAGGAAAGACUGCCUGAGCAUGAACUUUGGGAGUUCCGCGCGGAUUUAUUGGAUCGGCGCUGGAGCCCCCUCUGCGGUGCCUCCGACGCCGCCCCUGAGGCGAUCCGCGCGCCAGAGAGGGUGGCCCAGCGCUGGUCCAAGAAAUCCAUGUGGAACUCCGAAAGUUCAUAUUCAUGUUGAUUUGCUCCACCUAGGACAUAAACAGGAUCGGCGACGACGGCGCCGCGCGCCUUGCCGAGGCGUUUGCGAGCGACAGCGUAAUCAAUUUCGUGGACCUGACCGACAACGGCAUCGGAGACCGGGGCGCCAUUGCGCUGGCCUCCCGCUUGGGGGGCAAUUGUGUCUUGAGCCACCUAGAUCGAAGACGGAAACGCGGCACAAGCUUAAUUUUCGCAAGUCCGCUCAGAUUUCUUGGAUCGGCGCUGGAACCCCCUUGGCGGCGCCUCCAGUGCCGCCUCGGCGCGCUCCGCGCGCGAGGGGGAGGGGGUCCUGCGGCGACCCAGGAAGUCCGUGCGGGCCUCCGAAAGCUUAUGUGUAUGCCUUUUUUUGUUUUCUAUUGGACCUGACGAGAAACGAGAUACUGGGCGACGGGGGAAUGGCCUUCGGGAGGAUGCUCACAGUGAACUCCGGGAUCAGGCAGCUGACGCUGUGUGGGAACAUGGUGGGCGCGGGGGGCGCGCGAUCGAUCGGACUGGCGCUCCCGAGCAACAUCUCGCUGAGGAUCUUAAACCUCCGCUGUUGCGGCCUCGGUGCAGAGGGGGCCAGGUACAUCGCGCAGGGCCUGAGUAAAGAGCGCGCUGCCCUGACCGAGCUGCAUGUCGGACUGAACCAGGUCGGGGACGAGGGCGCCGCGGAGUUCGCGGAGAUGAUCAGGAUCAACCGGUCCAUAUUGGAGUUCUACGCCGAAGCGAAUGGCAUCAAGAGUCGCGGUGGAGGAUUGCUGGCGGAGGCACUGAGGGACAACGACUGCCUUCUGAAGCUCUGGCUGCUGAAGAACGAUCUGGGUGCCGACGCCGUCGGCAAGUUCGCCCUGGCCGUUACCCACAACAAGGUGCUUAGGUGCCUUGGCCUCACAAGCUUCGACGCCCUGCCCCCAUCCGUCCGCCAGGACAUGGAGAUGGCAAAAGAGCUGAGGACGCGGGAGUAUGCGGAGAAUGAAGACAUACCCCCGCUGCCCGUGCUGACCGACGCGUGCAGCCCCGCCGCCGACACCGCCAGGAGCGGCAACACCUACUCCAACGACGAGCCGCGCGUCCUGCACUCGUCGAGUGUCGGGUCCUUGGAGAUGCGCCACGCAACGAGCGGCGAAGGCGCCUCCCGGGGCGGGCGGCGGGCUGGCCACGAGGAGGCCGCCGCCCGGAGGGGCCGGAGGGGGCGGUCCGGGUCGCCCGUGAACGCGUGCGCGGCGGAGGAAGGGGUGCCGCAGCCCGAGUUUCCCCGGGCCUCUCGCGCGCCCACAGCGCCGCACACGCCGCAGAAGCCCGUGCUGGAGGCCGCGGUCCAGUCCGGGUCGCCCGGGGCGGCCCAUCAGGGGAGCGCCCAGAAGGAGAAGAUGGAACAGCAGAUCGUCAUGUGGCACGACCAGUUCGAGAUCCAGAAUUUACUCGAGAUGACGUCCGAGUUCGACGCGGUGAACAGCACCGUGCCCAUCGCGCCCGUCGACCUGGCCGAGGACGGGCCCGAGGUCGCACACGUGUCCGAGGAGUUGGCCGGCCGCCACCGAGGCACCGCCCCGCAGUCCGAGGCCUCGACCUCGUGAUCCAUGUUGUGAGUUUGGGAGAUCUUCGGAGGAGGAAGAGAAGGUGCCGAUACCGCUGCCCGUUCGUCGUCGCCUCAGCUGGAUGCACGCGAUCCCAGGUCAGUCGAAAGCCACCCGCCUGAGCGUGUCGUCUGCUCGCUCCUCCGGGGGCGGCCAAGAGGGGGGUGAUGACUGCAGUCAAGUGCGUAUCUUUGCUGCUGUUAUUUCUGACGGGCUGCAGAAGGGUUCGUAGCUGGGGCGCUGGUUGCUCUCAGACGACAGCCUACCCUGCUUCUGGCAUUAUCUGAUGGAAACCGUUGCCUCGAGAAAACUGUGUGCUGGAAUCCACGCCGUGG